CGGUCACCUACUUGUGUGUUUGCACACCGCCAGGCCCCCGGCUACUCCAUAUUGGGUCGGUCCGAAAUAGCGCAAAUCAUCCCCCGAAAACGGCCAUAUCCCAGCCCGAAAGGCCAGGCGAAUCGGCCCGGGAACAAGAGAUCUCAGGGUGAGAUGGUGACUCUUGCUGGACUCGCUGCAGAUAGAGAAAGCAUGAAACCGGUAAAAAAUCUGCUCAAAAUACAAUGGAAAGUUCCGACUGCAUCCGGAUUUUGGUGGACCUCAGUCCGAUAUAGCUGAAAUCAAGGCCUAAUAAGUUAAUUCAGCAGCAUCAAUCGACCGUUGGAGGCGGACAGACCUAAGGAGUAGUAGCAGGGGGGCUGCAUCUCCAUUCGAGUUUUCACGCCGGGUAGUUCCUCACAAAUAUGGCAGUGGAGAGUACAACUAUUUUCGUUAUGAAUACCAUCACGCGAAUAUUGGACGCACCGACUCCCCGCAUCGAUCAGAUCUUUGCCCAGCCCCCGGACCAGACGGAGUGUCCAUUGUCAAGUUGCCUCGGACCGACGGUGUCCCAGACUUUGACGUAAUCACAGCUCAAAGCCUGGUGGAGUGCCGAGCAAUCUAGAGAUACG